CGCAACCUCUUGGGCCAGCAAAGGGUGGCAGAUGCCACUAAGGACACCCGCAGAAACAAAGCUGCUACGGUACCUCUACCUUAGUAUCUCUGGUAGCUUCGCCCACCCCGCCCACACCGGUCCCCGGAAGUAAAGUGCACACCUGUGACGAUCUCGGCUCGGCUGUCCUUCCGCUUGCUGUUGCUGCACUGCUGCUUGACUCUUGUUUGACUCUUAUUUUCUCUUGCCUUGGACAGGUUUCAAUUGCAACCAGCCGUCUUCCACCUCCUUCCUCUCCCAAGCGGUUUGCCAUUUAGCUUUUUGCAAACUUCCCCUCAUCUUCCUCCUCCCCUCCCUCCACCGACCGAACACUCUCUAGUAAUUAGUUUCGCGAUCGUCAGCAUCUUGUCGUAGCUUGGCUUUUUAGAAGCGCCUCCACUCAUCUUCGUUGCAUCUCUACUACUGCCGCCGCCGCCGCCUCCGCCGCCACUACCCGGUCUUAGUAGCCGCGGCUCUGACUGUUGUCUCCCCCGCCCGCCACCGACCGACCGAAAAGCCGAAAAGACCCUUCAUAUUCGCGCGCGACCUCCGCUACUAGGAAAACCCCGUCAUCAUGAACGCUGCUCGUUUCCUCCGCCGUCCCGCGACUUUCGCUCUCCGGCCGUCCUUCGUCGUCCCCCAGUCCAGCUUCUCCGCCGCCCCCGCGUCCUUCAUCGCUGCCCGCACCAUGGCCUCCGCCGUCCAGAAGAUCAAGGUCAAGAACCCCGUCGUCGAGCUCGACGGCGACGAGAUGACCCGUAUCAUCUGGCAGACCAUCAAGGACAAGUUCAUCCACCCCUACCUCGACAUCGACCUCAAGUACUACGACCUUGGCCUGCCUUACCGCGACGAGACCAACGACAAGGUUACCCUCGACGCCGCCGAGGCCAUCAAGAAGUACUCGGUCGGUGUCAAGUGCGCUACCAUCACCCCCGAUGAGGCCCGUGUUGAGGAGUUCAAGCUCAAGCAGAUGUGGCUCUCGCCCAACGGUACCAUUCGCAACCACCUCGGCGGCACCGUCUUCCGCGAGCCCAUCGUCAUCCCCCGUAUCCCGCGCUUGGUGCCCGGCUGGAAGAAGCCCAUUAUCAUCGGCCGCCACGCGUUCGGCGACCAGUACCGCGCCAAAGACGCCGUUCUCCCCGGUCCCGGAACCCUCAAGAUGGUCUACACCCCUGAGGGUGGCGAGCCCCAGGAGAUCGAGGUCUACAAGUUCAAGGAGGGCGGCGGCGUCGCUCAGACCCAGUACAACACGGACGAGUCCAUCACCGGCUUUGCCCAUGCCUCCUUCAAGCUGGCCCUUACCAAGAAGCUGCCCCUGUACAUGAGCACCAAGAACACCAUCCUCAAGAAGUACGAUGGCCGCUUCAAGGACAUCUUCCAGGACCUCUACGAGGCCCAGUACAAGGCCGAGUUCGAGGCCGCCGGCAUCUGGUACGAGCACCGCCUCAUUGACGACAUGGUUGCGCAGAUGAUCAAGAGCUCUGGUGGCUACAUCAUGGCUCUCAAGAACUACGACGGCGACGUCCAGUCCGACAUUGUCGCCCAGGGAUUCGGCUCCCUUGGCCUCAUGACGUCGGUUCUCAUCACCCCCGAUGGCAAGACCUUCGAGUCCGAGGCCGCCCACGGCACCGUCACGCGCCACUUCCGCGAGCACCAGAAGGGCAAGGAGACGUCGACCAACCCCAUCGCCUCCAUCUUCGCCUGGACCCGCGGUCUUAUCCAGCGCGGCAAGCUCGACAACACCCCCGAGGUCGUCGCUUUCGCCGAGUCCCUCGAGAAGGCCUGCAUCGACACCGUCGAUGUUGACGGCAUCAUGACCAAGGACCUUGCCCUCGCCUGCGGCAAGUCCGCCCGCGAGGACUACGUCACCACCAACGAAUACCUCAACGCCGUCGAGCGCCGCAUGAAGAACAUUCUCAAGGAGAAGUUGUAGAGUGCUGUUCCCUCCUCCCACCUCCAUUCUGCUCAAUCGCAUCGAGAGCGAAAACAUAACAACACACAUACCAACAUACCGGAGGUUUAGGAUUCGGCCUUCCUACUAGGAUAGACAGACCCCUGAAAUGUAGAAAAACCAAAACGACGGUAGAAUAUGGAGAGGUCCAAUGGAUUGUUCGAGAACACCGCUGUAUCUAUGGGAUCGCGAUCUUUCCCUUUUUCUUCCCUUUUUUUUUGCAUUUACAAUGCGGCAGCAACAGCGGGCGCGGCGAUGGCGGCGGCAGCAGCAGCAUGACCAUACACAUCUCUGUUUCUAUCUUUUCGGUGUCGUCCCUUCCGGAAUUCUUUUAGUUAACUUGAUAUCACACAAAAUCGUCCCGGCACCAUACCUGUCAAAGAAGAAAAGGACAAAAAAAAAGGGCUGUGGGGGGCAGACGGACAGAGCUGCGAGAGAAAAGCAACAGACUUUGGAAUGGGGCCACCUGUGAAUGGGAGCCGCCAGUUCAAUGAUAAAUAUCAAAGCUAAAUCUACCCACGUGAAAGAGAAGAGGGCCCUCGAUGACACGACCGAAAAGAGCAUCUUGCAAUGUGGGCAGGCGAAAAAGAAAAGUGCGUCAUUGCUUGUCCCUAGUUUUUACCCCUUCCGAAUCUGAAUCUGAUGAAGAAUCUCCGUUGCGCCGUUUCCGUGAGCUCCGUCCCAGACUCUCUCACCUACGUACAUGCUCGUAAGCCCCCUGCCAUUCGAAAAAGGAGAAAAAAAGAAACCACCAUCAUUGUAUGAUGUACUGUACAAGUCUAGAAAAAAAAAGAAUAAAAAGCGGUCAGGCUGAGUUCUUUCUCAGCCGUGCACAACGGGCCUCUCGCCACAAGAUACAUAUGUAUCCGUCGGCCAAGCACAUGCAGCCAUUAGUCGUCUCUAUCGCGCGUAGACUCGCUCUUACGGCCCCUCUUGGUGACCGUAGGGGUUCCGAAGUCGGCGCCCUCGCUCUUACGCUUCUUCUUGGUCGGUCGGCUGCUCGAGCCCCUGGGUCGGUAUCCCUCGUCCUCAUCCCUGCCGGCCCGCUUUCUCUUGCCACGUCCGGUGGCCGGCGUUGCGAAGCUGAGACCGUCCGAGUCCUCGUCCUCCAUGCUGUGAUCGUAGCUGUCGGCAUCACGACGCAAAGCGGCAGCCCGUUCGGCGGCGGCGGCGGCCUUUUCCGCCGCUCGCUGCGCGGCUUUCUCGGCCCGCACAGCUGCGAGAGAGGCGCGCUUUCCGCCUC